AAACAAAUUAUAACUCCCACAGUAUCUGACGUGUGUGCGCCUAUCUUUCAUUGCCUGGUGGCGGAGUCGUGUUCGUAAAGUUCCUUGAGGUUUGUUAAGAUGGCACCUAAACCUAAGCCUAGUGAUAAAGCAGGUAAGCCUGCAGAGAAGAAGACAGAGAAGAAACCAGAGAAAAAGACAGAGAAGAAACCAGCUGCAGCACCAGCAGCUGCUUCAGCAUCAACUUCUUCCACUGCGAAGGCUGCAAAGCCUGCUGCAGCUAAGCCACCAACAGCACAAAAAGCAGCAGCUGCCAAACCUGCUGCAGCCAAACCCACUGCGGCCAAGUCCCCUGCUGCAGCCAAACCCACUGCAGCAAAAUCUCCUGCUGCAGCCAAACCCACUGCUACAAAGCCUGCUGCUGCUGCUGCCGCUAAACCUGCUGCUGCCACCACCAAGCCUGCUGCUGCCGCCACCAAGCCUGCUGCCACCAAGCCUGCUGCCGCCAAGCCUGCUGCUGCCAAAUCAGCAGCAAAACCUGCGAAGUCUGCAGGGAAACCUGCACCCAAAGCUGCUGCAAAGGCUGGAGCUAAACCUGCAGCAAAACCUGGUGCAAAGCCUGCAGGAAAGGCUCCCGUGAAAGGAACGGUGAAAAAGGUUGAGAAACCAAAGAGAGAUGUUGCUCCAAAGUCACAGAAGGGCGGAAAAGUUGUUAAACCAGCACUGCAAAAGGCACUCAAGGCUCAGAAAAAGGCUACCAAGGGUGUACAUGGAACACGUGUUAGGAAGGUGAGGACUUCUGUUCAUUUCCACCGACCUAAGACGUUCCGGCCUCCAAGGCAUCCAAAAUACCCAAGAAAAUCUGUUCCAAAAAGGAAUCGUAUGGAUGCAUGCAAUAUCAUCAAGUUCCCAUUGACGACAGAAGCUGCAAUGAAAAAAAUUGAAGACAAUAAUACAUUGGUAUUUAUUGUGCAUACCCGUGCCAAUAAACACCAUAUUCGAGCAGCAGUGAAGAAACUGUAUGAUAUUGAUGUGGCCAAGGUCAACACCUUAAUCAGGCCUGAUGGAAAGAAGAAAGCGUAUGUGAGACUGGCUCGUGAUUAUGAUGCCCUCGAUGUCGCCAACAAAAUUGGCAUCAUCUAAACCAUGGUUUUCUUUUAAUUUUGUAUGUAAUUCUUUGGUUCAGAAUAUAUGAGAGAAAAAAUGUGAAUGUU